AUGUCCGGCCGUGGUGGGCGUGGUCGUGGGGGCGGUAACGAUGGGUUCCGUGGAGGUGGUGGUCGUGGAGGGUAUGGAAGCGGCGGAUAUCAGGGCGGAGGCCGUGGUCGCGGCGGUGGAGGAGGCGGUGGCGGUGGAGGUCGUGGUGGUGGUGGUGGAUAUGAUGGCGGUGGACGCGGUGGAGGGCGUGGAGGAGGAGGUGGUGGUGGAUAUAGGGGUGGUCGUGGUGGCGGUGGAUUCAGGGGUGGUGGUGGAGGAGGUGGUGGUGGUCCGGACGUUUUUACUGAUCCUUCAGGCCAAGUCCCACAGCCCGACGUUAAGGUCACCGAGCUUGAGGAUGCGUGGAUGAAGAAGCAUGGCAUCUCACCACAAGCCAAGCCAGGUCCUCAGCUCGAGACCGCGUUGGCUCGCCUCACGAUCCAAGAUCCGCAGUCUGGGCUUACGCAGCUGCCCAAGCGUCCCGCAUUUGGCACCAACGGCACGCCCAUUAUUCUCUGGGCCAACUACUUCAUGCUGAAGAGCAAGGUCGAUCAUCUGUACCGGUACGACGUCAGGGUCAUGCCUAAGAAGCUGUCCCAGAGCGAGGAAAUGGAAGCCACCACUAAGAAGGCCGACGAUAGAGAGAUCAAAGGCAAGAAGCUGGCCAAGAUCAUCGAGCUCGCGCUCAAGCAGCUUAAGGGGAAUCCCACCUACGCGACCGAGUACAAGCAACAGGUGAUCACGCUCCAGAAGCUGAAGCUCUCAGAGGAUUCCUUCGAGAUGGUUACGCUCGCCGAGCCCCCCCGGAAAACCGAAACAUGGUAUGUUCGUUUCGACGGACCAACCUCGAUCGACAUCAGGGGCCUCACCAGCCACCUUCUCAGCCUAGAGGACAGGGACAACGACGGGACUUUCCCCAAGUAUCUCGCCGAAAUUGACUCGCUCGGAGUGGUCUUUGGCCACGGGCCCCGGUCCGACGCGGGCACGGCCGCAGUCGGCCGCAGCCGGUUCUUUGCCGUGGAUGGCAGGAGAGAUGGUGCCGAGCUGCAUGACCAACAAGCACUCAUCGAUAUUCUGCGCGGCUACGUGCAGAGUGUCCGUCCCGCCACCGGCCGGCUGCUCCUCAACACCAACGUCACCCAUGGCGUGUUCCGCAAGGAGUUCGCCCUCGUCAAGUUGUUCGAGCGGUUCGGUCUCACGGACAUAAGCGGACCCCGACAAGACACUAAUAAUGAAGUUCGUCGGAACCUGGACAAGCUGCACAGGUUCCUUGCCAAGUCACGGAUCCGAUGCAAGAUACCCGGAGACAGGCCCGGCGAGUACUUGACCAGCGACCGGGGCAUGGCCGGUCUGGCGGUGAGGAGUGACGGAGGUGGCGAGCCAAAGGGAGAGGGGCCUCAGUUCACAACCAAGCAGCGGUUCGGCACGCCGGCGACGGUCCAGUUCUUCCUGCGCGCCGCGCCCCCCCCGGCCUCGCCUCCCCCGCCUGGCCUAAAGGCAAACACGAUGGUGACGGUUGCAGACUAUUAUAAGAGCAAAUACAAAAACAGCAACUUCAACCCGAACCUCCCGCUGAUCAACGUCGGGACAUCAAAGAAGCCGAUUUACUUUGUGGCCGAGCAAUGCACGCUUCUCCCCGGCCAGCCGCUGAAGGCCAGGCUGUCGCCCUCUGAGGCGGACUCCAUGAUCAGAUUUGCGUGCCGGAGUGCUCCCCAGAACGCUCAGUCGAUCACGACGGCGGGACGAGCCUUGCUGAAACUAGACGGCAAUACGUUGCUUGACAAAUUCGGCCUCGACGUCGGCAAGCAGCUGGUCACGGUCAAGGGUCGCGAGCUGACUCCUCCAUUCGUCACUUACAAGCAGGGAUCUUCACCGUUCGACAUCACGCCCACAGACGGCGGUUGGCUCAUGAAAAAGUUGCGGGUGUGGCAGAAGGGGGACGAGAUCAAGAAUUGGACCUAUCUGGUGAUUCACGAGCAGACCGGGAGGCUUGAUAUGUCUCCCCAGGAGGCUGUCGCUUCGUUUGGCCGUUUCCUCCGGAACGACAUGGGAGUCAACAUGAACAUGUCGCCAACUCCGGCCGCCGGCUACAAGACCUCGGAUGGUAGCCCUGCGGAUCUGAAGAAAAGGUUCGAGGCGUUCGCCAAGAGCAAGAUCCAAUUUGUUCUGGUGCUGCUUCCUUCCAAGGACGCCACCCUUUACAACGACGUGAAGAAGGUGGGAGACGUCCACACGGGCAUCGCGACCGUCUGCGUCCAACAAAGCAUGAUCACCAAGGGCAAAGGCCAGCAAGGGUACUUUGCCAACGUUGGCCUCAAGGUCAACCUCAAGUUUGGGGGCGCCAACCACCGGGUCCAAGACAAGACCCAGCUCGUUUCCAAGACGAUGUUUGUGGGCUACGACGUCACCCACCCAACCAACCUACCAUCGGGCGCAAGCGACAACGCGCCCAGUCUGGUGGGCCUGGUGUCGAGUCUGGACGAGAAUCUGGCCCAGUGGCCGGCCGUGGCGUGGGAGCAAAAGAGCCGGUCGGAGAAGGUCGGAGACGACAAAGGUAAAGAAGACGACAACCUGUUUGUCGAGAACUUCAAGGGGAGGAUCCGGCUGUGGCAGAGGAAUAACGCCGGCCGGUUGCCCGACAACAUCAUCAUCUUCCGUGACGGCGUAUCCGAGGGCCAGUUCAGCAUGGUCAUCAACGAUGAGCUGCCGCACAUCCGCGCCGCCUGCCGCGCCGUGUAUGCGGCCAACGUUAAACCGCCGCCGAUCACACUCAUCGUGUCGGUCAAGCGCCAUCAGACGCGCUUCUACCCGACCGACCGCAACCACAUGCACCCUAGAUCCAAGAGUCCGAAGGAGGGGACCAUUGUCGACCGCGGCGUGACGAAUGUGCGCCACUGGGAUUUCUUCUUGCAGGCCCACGCCUCGCUCCAAGGCACGGCCCGUCCGGCCCAUUAUACCGUUCUUGUCGACGAGAUCUUCCGAGCCAACUUCGGCGCUCAAGCCGCCAAUCGAUUGGAGGAGCUAACCCAUGACAUGUGCUAUGCCUACGGGCGCGCCACCAAGGCCGUGAGCAUCUGCCCACCCGCGUACUAUGCCGACCUCGUCGCCACGCGCGCGCGUGUGCACAAGAGCGAAUUCUAUGAAGACACGAAGACGGUUAUGUCAUCGAGAUCGGGCGUAACGACCACCGCGAGUGAGGCGGAAGUGGCGGCGCGCAGGGUGCAUCCAAAUUUGGUGAACUCGAUGUAUUACAUUUGA